AUGUUCCGCGGCGGUACCAUCGCUCGCCGAGCGUUCAUGGGUGCGGCGGCUGCCUCGGCGGUCGUCGGCGCCUACGCCCUUUCGGAGGUGCGGCCGACGACGCUGCUCGAGUCGAACCGCGCCGCGGCCAACAAGAAGCGUCCCGGCCCGUUGUGGGCGCCCAUGACCCGUGCCGAGAUGCUGGCGCACCUGCACACGUCGGGCGUGUUCAUCAAGCGCACGAGCGAGGGCGGGCCCGAGCCUGGCCCCGUUGACCCCAACUACGUCCCGAAGGACGGCGACGAUGUGUUCGACCUCCUCAUCGUUGGUGGCGGAGCUACCGGCUCUGGCACUGCUGUGGACGCUGCCUCGCGCGGCCUCAAGGUCGCCCUCGUCGAGCGCGACGACUUCUCCUCCGGCACCUCGUCCAAGAGCACCAAGCUCGUCCACGGCGGUGUGCGUUACCUCCAGAAGGCGGUCAUGGAGCUCGACUACGAGCAGUACAAGCUCGUCAAGGAGGCGCUGCACGAGCGAAAGAUCUUCCUCGAGACUGCGCCCUACCUCUCCAAGCCCCUGCCGAUCCUCCUCCCGAUCUACACCUGGUGGCAGCUGCCCUACUACUACGCCGGCUGCAAGAUGUACGACAUGCUCGCCGGUGGCGAGAACAUGGAGGGUGCCUACUGGAUGGGCAAGAACCGCGCGCUCGAGGCCUUCCCCAUGCUCAACCCCCAGAACCUCGUCGGCGGUGUCGUCUACUAUGACGGCCAGCACAACGACUCGCGCAUGAACAUUUCGCUCAUCUCGACUGCCGUUCAGCAGGGCGCCAUUGUCGCCAACCAGACCGACGUCAUUGAGCUCCACAAGAAGCCCGACCCGAAGCACAACGGCGAGCCCCGCAUCUACGCUGCCACGGUCCGCGACCGCAUGACCGGCGAGGAGUACAUGAUCCGCUGCCGCGGCGUCAUCAAUGCCACGGGCCCCUUCUCCGACGGCCUCCGCAAACUUGACGAGCCCACGACACAGGAGAUUGUCGCCCCUUCCUCCGGAGUCCACAUUACCCUUCCCAACUACUACGGGCCCAACUCGAUGGGUCUGCUCGACCCCGCGACGUCUGAUGGCCGUGUCAUCUUCUUCCUCCCCUGGCAGGGCAACGUCAUCGCCGGCACGACCGACUCGCCGUCGUCGAUCUCGCAGAACCCGAUCCCGUCCGAGCACGAGAUCCAGUGGAUCCUCGACGAGGUGCGCCGCUACCUCUCGCCGGACAUCAAGGUGCGGCGCGGCGACGUGCUGUCGGCGUGGUCGGGCAUCCGCCCGCUCGUCCGCGACCCGGACGCUAAGAACACCGAGUCGCUCGUGCGCAACCACAUGAUCAACAUCAGCCCGGGCGGGCUGCUCACGAUCGCGGGCGGAAAGUGGACGACGUACCGCGCGAUGGCGGAGGAGACGGUCGACGCGGCGAUCAAGGAGUUUGACCUGCACCCCAACGGGCCGUGCCAGACCGAGCACCUCAAGCUCGUCGGGUCCCACGCCUGGUCGCCGACAAUGUACAUCAAGCUCAUCCAGCAGUUCGGUCUCGAGACGGCCGUCGCCAAGCACCUGGCCGAGUCGUACGGCGACCGCGCAUGGACGGUCGCGUCUAUGGCCGAGCCGACGGGACUCUCGUGGCCGAUCCACGGCGUCCGCCUCGCCCCGCUCUACCCCUACAUCGACGCCGAGGCGCGGUACGCGGUGCGCAACGAAUUCGCCCUCAAGGCGACCGACUUUAUCGGCCGCCGUACCCGCCUCUCCUUCCUCAACGUGCAGGCGACGCUCGAGGCCCUGCCAGCCAUCAUCGACAUUAUGGGCGAGGAGCUCAACUGGUCCCAGCAGCGCAAGAACCAGGAGUUCGACGAGGCACUGCAGUACCUCAAGUCCAUGGGCCUGCCGGAGAACACGCAGCUGAAGCUGUCCGACCUGAAACGCCGCGGCAACGUGCCCGUCUUCGGCCUCACCAACUCGACCGAGGCGGCACUCUACGCCCGCUCGGCGUUCAGCCCCAAGGAGCUCGCGCGCCUCAAGGAGCAGUUUGCCCACCUCGACUUUGACAAUGACAACCGCAUCACCAAGGCCGACCUCGUCUUCGCCAUGAAGCAGAUGGGAUACGACGCCUCGGACGCCACCGCCGCGCGCAUCCUCUCAGAAGUCGACUUUGGACGCAAGGGAUCCCUCGACUUCCAGGACUUCCUCGACAUUGCCGCCGGACUCAAGGAGCUCCAGAUCGAGAGCGCCUUCACCCACCUCGCCAAGCUCGACGAGAAGGUCGACCCGGACGCUGUCCCCGCCAUCCCCGUCGAGCGCUCUGGUGGUGGUGCCUAA